GGUUACACCCUCGGCCGUCACCAAUUCUGCAAUUGAACCGGAACUGCUCAUUGGAUGAUGAAGGCGAUAGCGGGUGUGGACUGUUGGUUGAUGGAAUCGUUCUCCAUACGCCAUCCUUUUUAGCGCCAGUACGAGCCGGCGACGACGACCGGCCUCGUGAUGGCGGCGGCAUUGGCGCUAGGAUGCUCGCCGUCGGGCCUCCCGAGCCAACUCUCCGGCCGACGCGUGGCCUUCACCACCCCGCUCACUUAUGCCGGUCGGCUCGCCCGCCUCCUCGAGCUACGUGGCGCCACACCGCUCCACCUCCCCACCGUCGUCGUUGACACCGCCCCUCGCACCCUCGUCGCCCUCCGCCCCUACCUCGCCGCCGGAGCUCUCGAGUCCUUUUCCGCUCUCGCCUUCACCUCCCGCAACGGAAUCACAGCAUUCUCCCUCGGCCUCGCCGAUGCGGACGGACCCCAGCCUCUCUCCGACUCGGGCGAGCUCUUCACCAUCGCGGCCCUCGGCAAGGAUGCCGAACUCCUCCACGAUGAAGGAUUUCUCUCGAAAAUCUGCCGGAACCCUAACCGAAUCAGGGUCCUGGUGCCGGAGAUCGCGUCCCCUGCCGGUCUGGUGGAGUCUCUAGGCGCUGGGUCCGGGAGGAGGAUCCUGUGCCCAGUCCCCUCCGUCGUCGAUCUGGAAGAGCCGCCGGUAGUCCCGGACUUCCUGAGAGAUUUGUGGGCGCGGGGUUGGGCUCCCGAGAGAGUUCCUGCUUACGAGACCAGAUGGACGGGACCGCGCUGCAUGGAGGGGUUGGUGGCAUUGGAUACAGUACUGGACGCCAUGGUUUUCACGAGCUCGGCAGAGGUGGAAGGGUUGAUUAAGGGGUUGCAGGCAUUGGGAUGGGACUGGGGGAAGGUGAGGCGACGGUGGCCGAAGAUGCUGGUCUGUGCACAUGGCCCGGUGACUGCCAAAGGGGUGGAGAGGUUUGGAGUUCGCGUCGACGUGGUGAACUCCAAGUUCAGUAGCUUCGAUGGGCUCAUCGAAGCUCUUACUUCAAAGUUGGGCGGCUUUGGAUGUUGAAAGCUGAUAUCCGAACUCGCAACUCGGGCCUUCAGCAUUUCUCUGGUUAGACUUGAUGCCAGGCAGCUAAUCAUUU